UGCUGGUUUUACUUUUGAAGGAGGUAAAGGAAAUAUGGGUAACACACGCAGUUACUUAAAACCAAGUAUGUCUGAUGCAAAAGAACGCGGUUACUCAAAACCAAGUAAAUUUGAUGCAAAAGAGUCUGAUAAGCCCUCCAAACAACAAGAACAACAAGUUAUAUCAACAAAAGAUCUCAUACUACAGAAAGCUAAGCCCUUUUCGGAUGACUACCCUACCUAUGAUGAUCCCAUCGUCUGGGGUGUUUUAACGGCUAUCACCAAACAUUCAAUUUAUGGCAGGAGAUACCAGGGAUGCCAGGGACACUGUAUUGACUUGAAGAUGACUGAGCAUUGCAUUGGCCUAGUAUUGAAGGAAAUGUCUUACCAAAUUCCAAACGAGGCGGUCAACAAUGGCUAUGGAAUAUAUAUUACCAGAGUUGAUAGUGAAGCAGCAAAGCAUCUUGGGACCUAUUAUCCAGCUGUCUUCUUGUGUGACAUUAGCGCAUUUGACACAUAUGUCAAUUGGAAAAAGUUGACUAAAGGAGAAGCUGUGAAUAUUUUUCACGGAGAUAUCAUCUCUCUUUUCGCUGCUCCUGAUGAUGUUAAUGCAGUUGGAUAUGUAUAUCAAUUGGCAUAUAGGUUUAGUCCUUGGCAAGAAGUUAGAGUAGCAGCAAGCCAUCACCAAUUUGAAGCAUUGCAUAAGGAAUUUGCAGAGAUGAAAUUGUUGUGUGUAAAAGAGCGUGUAGAACUCAAGGCUGACAUCAUGGCUGAACUCAGGACUGAAGCGUUGCAUAAGGAAUUUGAGGAGAUGAAGAAAUUGUUGUGUGUAAAAGAGCGUGUAGAACUCAAGGCUGACAUCAUGGCUGAACUCAGGACUGAACUCAAGUCUGAACUCAGGACUGAACUUCAGUCUGAACUCCUGAUUGAACUCAAGGCUGAACUCAAGUCUGAACUCAGAACUGAACUUCAGGCUGAACUCAAGACUGAACUCAUGGUACCAGGUUUCAAAUGAGUUAUGAUCUAGCCUUGAUGGCUAUGUUAAUGCCAGAGCUAUUUUAUGCUUUUAAUUAUAAGAUGCUGAAUGUUAUUACUAAAUAAAGUUGCAUCUGGAAACCUCAUAUGGGUUGGCUUAUAAAUUAGCAAAUCGACUCUGUAGCUGUAUUUAUGGUGUGCGAUCUUGAUGCUAAUGGCUAUUUCUACUCGUGUGCUAACUGUUGAAUGUUGUCUUGUAAUGAAAAGAUUAUGG